CUGUGUAUUCAGAAGGAGCCCCAGCAAAGAUACUAUAUUAAACCAGGACAAACAUUAACAUGGCUAGCAUGGCUGUUCAGUUACUGGGCUUCUUCCUGAGUCUUCUUGGUCUGGCUGGAACAAUAACUGCUACCAUCCUGCCUCACUGGUGGAGAACGGCACAUGUGGGAACCAACAUCAUCACAGCCGUAGCGUACGUGAAGGGUCUCUGGAUGGAAUGUGUUUGGCACAGCACUGGGAUCUACCAGUGUCAGCUUCACCGCUCACCACUUGCUUUGCCGCGUGACCUUCAAGCAGCCCGUGCCAUGAUGGUGAUUUCCUGUGUUCUUUCAGCUCUGGCAUGCAUAGUUGCUGUGAUUGGCAUGAAGUGCACCCGUUGUGCCAAAGGGUCCUCUGCCAAGAAUGUAUUUGCUGUCUUUGGUGGAGUUCUUUUCAUACUGGCUGGGCUCAUAUGCCUCAUCCCUGUUUCUUGGUCAACUAAUGAUGUUGUCACUGAUUUCUACAACCCGUUGCUGCCCAAUGGGAUGAAAUAUGAGAUUGGACAAGCCCUUUACCUUGGCUUUGUCUGUGCUUCACUGAGUAUAAUCGGUGGAGUCAUCCUAUGUGCUUCAUGCCAACGUACUGCCAACAACAUAGACUACCACCCACAGCCAAGGAGUACAAGGGCAGCUCCAUCCUACAGACCACCAAUGGCCUACAAGGCAAACCAUACUUCAUCAUUAACUUCUGCUUCACACAGUGGUUACAGAUUAAAUGACUAUGUGUGAGUUCUCUGUACCUUGCUGCUGUUUUAUUUUUUUUAAGUUUUAUAUGUAGCUAUGUCAUACGAGAAAGCCAAGAAGAUAUUAAUGUACAUAAUUUUUAUACAAUGUUUACCACUGUUCUACUUUUCAUGUGAAGAAUGUAUGUAAUUUUGAACAGGGUUGCU